CAUCCAUCCCUCCUUUGCUGUUCUUCUCUCUUCCGUUUCCAAGCCAUAACAUCAAACAGGUAUCGGCCAAAAAGUAGAACGCAAAAACAUGCUUUCCUUGCAGCUGCCCUUUUCAUCAUCCCCUCCUCUCCGGCACACCAAAACCCAAUCCCCCAUCAACAGAUCCCACAUCCCGAGACCUCGUUCCACCCCUAGCACCACCCUCACCUGUCUCCGCGCUCCCACUUCUUUGUCCCCCUCUGUCCUUCUCCGACACCCGACCCUCAGAUCCCGCAUUCUAAUCCCCAGGGCAGCGGCCGCCGCAGCAGCAGAUGGAGACCCCGAUGCUCCACCACCAAAGGAGAAGCAAGCAGAAGGCAUCGGAGACAUGAAAGAUGGAGAGGAUUCCAUCCCAGAUCGAAAUGAGGGUGACUCCACCGGUAAAUCCGUGGCGGAGAGCGAAUCCAGAUCCAAAACCACCACCCCGAACAAUACCUUGUAUCUGGCCGUGGUGUUUGGACUGUGGUACUUCCAGAACGUGGUCUUCAACAUCUACAAUAAGAAGGUCCUCAACAUCUUCCCCUAUCCCUGGCUUCUGGCUUCCUUCCAGCUAUUCGUAGGCUCCCUCUGGAUGGCUUUCCUCUGGGCCUCCCGCCUCCAGCCCUUCCCCCGAGUCUCCAAAAGAUUCUUCGUCGCCCUCCUCGGCCCCGCCCUCUUCCACACCAUCGGCCACAUCUCCGCCUGCGUCUCCUUCUCCAAGGUCGCCGUCUCCUUCACCCACGUCAUCAAGGCCUCUGAGCCCGUCUUCUCCGUCGUCUUCUCCGCCUUCCUCGGCCGCUUCUACCCCAUCCACGUCUGGCUCUCCGUCCUCCCCAUCGUCGCCGGCUGCUCCCUCGCCGCCGUCACCGAGGUCUCCUUCAACGCCCAGGGCCUCUGGACCGCCCUCAUCUCCAACGUCGGCUUCGUCCUCCGCAACAUCUACUCCAAGCAGAGCCUCCAAGAUUUCUCCCACAUCAAUGGCCUCAAUCUCUACGGCUGGAUCAGCAUCAUCUCCCUUCUAUACCUAUUCCCCGUCGCCGUCUUCGUCGAGGGGUCUCAGUGGCUGGGCGGCUUCCAGCGGGCGCUCUCGGCCCUGCCGUCGCCGUGGACGUUCUACUGGUGGGUGCUCCUCUCGGGAAUUUUCUACCACCUCUACAACCAGUCGUCUUAUCAGGCGCUCGACAAGAUCAGUCCGUUGACGUUCUCGGUGGGAAAUACCAUGAAGCGGGUGGUGGUCAUCAUCGCCUCGGUGCUGGUCUUCAGGAAUCCAAUUCGGCCGCUGAAUGCUCUGGGGUCGGCCAUCGCUAUCUUGGGGACUUUCUUGUAUUCACAGACCACGACGAUAGGGAAGAAGGAGAACAAAGCGGUCGCUGAGAAGAAGACUAGCUGAGCAAACGCUGUCGAUUGAGGAGUCUGGCUCUACUGUCGUGACAACCGCAUCUCUUUUACCUCCUUUUCUUAUUGUAAGAUGGUUUUUGAUCGAAUGUGAAGAGAGAGGGAUACCCGAGGAGAUUGUGGGGUUUGGCAAGCAGCAAUUUCCUGAUAGUCUCAUCUCUCUUUUCCUGUUUCCUUAGCUUUGUUCAUGUAUUCGAUGGAAUGCUCUAUAACUAUUGGCUUUUUGAAUAUUUGGAUAUUAAAGAAAAAAGAAGCUUGUCAUCUUAUA